AUGUAUGCGAAGAUUGAAAGCGAACGACUACGAUACUUACGAUAUAAUCAACAAAAGCUGCGCGCGGAAGAGUACAUUCAUUUGCGAGACGCUAUCAACAACAACGACGACGUCGCCGAAAUUGGUAACCAUGUCAUUUUACCAUCAUCGUACGUAGGCAGUCCACGUCAUAUGCAAGAAUAUAUACAGGAUGCUCUGACUUUCGUGCGCGAAUAUGGACGACCAUGUUUAUUUAUCACGUUCACAUGUAAUCCAAAAUGGCCAGAGAUUACAUCUUUGCUACUACCUGGCCAAAAUGCAAUACAUCGCCAUGACAUUACAGCACGUGUGUUCAGACAAAAGUUGAAGUCUUUAAUAAGUUUCAUUACUAAAUUAAAUGUAUUUGGUCCCACACGUUGCUGGAUGUAUUCGGUUGAGUGGCAAAAGCGAGGAUUACCUCAUGCACACAUUUUGGUUUGGUUCAUCGACAAAAUCCGUCCUGAAGAAAUCGAUAGUAUCAUUUCUGCCGAAAUUCCAGAUCCAUCCACUGACCAACUGCUGUUUGAUAUUGUUACAACAAACAUGAUUCAUGGUCCAUGUGGUACUCUUAAUAGUUCAUCGCCUUGCAUGGCUGAUGGAAAAUGUACUAAAAAUUUCCCUAAAGAUUUUACCAAUGAUACGGUCACAAAUGUCGACGGAUACCCAAUAUAUCGUCGAAGAAAUCCUGAAAAUGGCGGACAAUCAUUUAUUAAAAAUAUCAUCAACACAGACAUUGAUAUUGACAAUCGUUGCGUGGUGCCCAUAUUCGCCUCUGCUGAGCAAGACAUAUAA